AACGCAAAUUAAAUCCGACGUCCGUGCGGGUCAAGAUCUAGUGUGAAUUAUGGUUGAGAAACUUCCAUUUUCGUCUCUGAGAUUGCAAAUGCACAUGAUCCCACUCAUUUUAUUUUAAAUUUCUUUAUUAUUUUAUGGUUUUAAAGUUUAUAAAUCAAGGGUUCAAUUUUAAAAUCAUCUACUAAUUUCAGAUGAAAUUAAUAAGGAACAUGGGCCACCUUUUUUCAUAGCCGGGCCUGGUCCUGACGCUACUAGUGUGGAAGAAGCCUUUGUAUCAUAUUAACAAAAAGUGUUAAGCCACGUCAUCAAAUUAACCUCGUACCAGCACCCACGUCAUCACGCUUAUGAUUUGUAGGUCCCACUUUUAAACGCGUAUGAUCGUCUACAGCCUAUACCACCUAAGAAUACGAUACGCAUUUUUUCUUCCCUUCCAUGGAAAUUGUGUUUCUGUAUCUUGACUCUGGAAAAAAUAGGGGGUUUGCUUAAUCACAGAGGUUUUCUCUGGAGUCUCGUUCAACGAUGAUGAAGAAGGUAUUAAAGCAUAUUGAAUAUUCGCAGAUUAGCCCCAAGAAUCUCAAGACACAUGGACUAAAUCCGCAGCAGAUAUCGCAGUUAUACUCUAAUGGGUGAUAAUCAAAAAAGAUUGUCAGUUUCAUCAUCUUCGUCUCAUUUAUCAUGCUCACCGUCGCUGACAACAGCCCAAGCUGAAGGGGGUUCACCCAUGAUAGCUGAGGAGUCUUGGAUGAUUGCAGAAGAGAGAGCUCAUGAGAUACUAAGCAUUAUCCAACCUUUCUAUGUUUCAGAUAGAAAUAGGAAUGAAAUCAUUGAUUACGUACGAGCUCUAAUCAAGAGUCAUGAUGGAAUCGAGGUAUUUUCAUUUGGUUCAGUGCCACUGAAAACAUAUCUCCCAGAUGGAGAUAUUGAUAUGACGGUCAUAACUAAGCAAGAUAUGGAGGAUAAAUUCUUUGAAAAAAUGUAUAAUACACUUAAGAGUGAAGAAGGAAAACCUGAAUUCGAUGUAACUGAUGUUAAGUUUAUCCCUGCACAGGUCAAGGUCAUAAAGUGCAACAUCAGGAACAUUGCUGUUGAUAUCUCCUUUAAUCAAAUGGCGGGUCUCUGUGCUUUAUGUUUUCUGGAACAGGUUGACCAACUCUUUGGAAGAGAUCAUCUUUUUAAGCGUAGCAUCAUCUUAAUUAAAGCUUGGUGCUAUUAUGAGAGCAGAAUUCUUGGUGCCAACAUGGGAUUGUUCUCAACAUAUGCAUUGUCAAUACUAGUCUUGUACAUCAUCAACCUAUUUCACUCAUCAUUAUCUGGCCCUUUAUCGGUUCUCUACAAGUUCUUGGAUUACUAUGGUUCAUUCGAUUGGAGCAACUACUGUAUCAGUCUCAGUGGUCCUGUGCCAAUAUCUCGUCUUCCAGAACUUAUGGCGGCUUCUCCAGAAAAUAGGCAGGAGUUAUUGCUUGACCAGAAGUUUGUAAGAGAUUGUGUAAAGUUAUAUCCUGCUCCAACGAAAUCUGUUGAAACAAAUGGUCUUGAGUUUCCUAUCAAACAGCUCAACAUAGUUGAUCCUCUUAAAUACAGCAACAACCUCGGAAAAAGUGUUACAAUAGGAAAUGUCAAACGAGUAAAACAUGCUUUUACACUGGGAGCUCGAAAGCUCAGAGAUGUUCUUUCACUACCUUGUGAAACCAUUGGAUGGAGACUGGAGAAGUACUUUGGCAAUGCUUUGGAGAGGAAUGGUAAGGGACAAAGGCAAGAUGUGAAAGAUCCUGUUACUGCGUUUGGUACUGGAAGGUCAGAACUAUCUGAUCUCAGUGGAGACUUUGAAGGUUACUAUGGAAGGCUUGUGAGUUACCAAAACAACGAGUUUUAUCGAAGAGCCAUGAAUGCUUCAACCUCAAUGCAGCCUAAUGGCUUUCAAAACAUGGGAAAGAGGAGAGGAACAGGAACUUAUAUUCCUGAUAUGAGUCAACAGUUAUACCAUGCCAGGUUCAGAGGUUCGGGUGCUGGAAACUCAGCAGCUCAUCAUAUAGGAGCCAGUAGUAGCUGCAAUCUUUCUGGUGAAGUGUCUACUUCUUCUGCCAGUAUCAAAGGAGAAGAAUGUGUGAAUUCAGAGCCUUGUCAGUCUUCACCACCAGAAAACAUAGGAGAUUCUAUAUCUUCAAGAACACUGGAAAUGGAGAAUGGCAAAGAAGAAGAGAGCAAAACCUCCCAAAAGUUGAAGAGUUCUUGACUUUAGUGUUGUGACAGAAUCUUUGGUUGGUCUCUUGGUAUACCUUCAGGAUAACUAUGUUGUAUCUUUAAUUGCAUGGAAAACUCUUUUUAGGAUUUAAAAGAUUCAUCAGGAACUUGAUUACUUUCUGUUGAUCAAUGUUUCUUGAGAGAUAUCUUCUUCAUUGUUGGUAAGACAGUGCAUACACUAGUGGUAUGUAUAGAUUAAAAGUUACUGAAAAAUUUGAUUUGCCAUUUGUCUUUUGCUUGGAGUUUACUUUCUUUUGAUUCUUGAUCAAUUUUUAUACAAGAUCUCUUGCCA